AUGGUGAGCCAGAACAUGGAACCUCUACUUGUCCCAAGACGCCUUCCGAUAAUCCCAGAGGCAACAGAACGUCUGUACGAGCAAGCGCAAUGGCCAGAUGUGCUUCCCAUCUUCAAACCACAGUCGCCACCAAUGCCGACGGGUAAUUGUGAGCCUUCAUUGAGGGUGGACAAUCCACAGGCCCCUGAGAGAUCAUUGAAAUUACAUUGGCGGGACGCGAUACGGCAGCAAGAUACGCGCGAAGAACUGACCGGCCAGGUUCCUCGCAGUACCAGCCACACGAGCUUCUACAAUAUGGCAAGGCUGGUGAAUAUCAAGCAUCAACGUGGGUUCUGGGGCAAGGUCUUGAUAGAGUACGGUGUCUACACCAUGUGCGCGGCUUUUGUGUACCUGGUUCUUAUCGGCAUGCCCUUGUGGAAGGGGGCGGUUUACUGGCUUUACUGGCUGGUGAAACAUAAUUAUACUUAUAUCCCGCUACUGGCCAUCUUUGAGGAUAAUGCCCCAGGGCCAGAGUAUUACGAGCAACGCAACAUCGAGCCCCGAGCGCUCAACACUGCCCUCCUGAUCCCAACCUACAAAUCGGCCCCCAUCCUCGACCGGACGCUCACGGCGGCCCUGAGGGUGUUCCCUGCGCAGAACAUCUAUAUCAUUGCGAACGGGAACUCCUCGACGCCGCUGGACAAUACAGAGGAGAUCUGUCGGCGGUACGGAGUGAAUCAUAUCUGGAGCCCGGUUGGUUCGAAGAUAGUAGCCCUCUUCGUCGGAUGCUACGCGGUCAAACCGUUUCGUUCGGUCCUCGUCAUGGACGACGACUGUAUCCUUCCGUCGAACUUCAUAGUCGUCGCCUCGCGCUUGUCUGAUACUACUCGCUGCAUUGGAUAUACGAUUAAAUCGGCUGGGAUCAGUGAAGACGAGGGAACGUGGUGUCAAAAAGCACAGGAUCUGGAGUACAAGCUCGCUGGGCUGCAGCGCUGUUUUGCGGCUAAGGUGGGCAGUGCCACAUUUCCACAUGGGGCGAUCUCGCUCUGGGAUCGCGACUUUCUUCAAAAGACGCUGGAGCAUCACCCUGGGUUCUCAAUCAGCGAGGACUGGUUCCUUGGAGACUCUUGUCGGCAAAUGGGCGGGCGGAUCCAGAUGUGCAGUGCAGUUUUUGUCGAAACCGGGACCCCCUCAAGUUUGUUGAUCGGGGAGCGCGACCAGGAGCGAGGAGGCUUUGGCGAGAUGACAGUAUGUCGGCAACGGUUUACGCGGUGGAAUUUCUUCAAUACAACGGGUGUGUGGCACAACAUAGCUUAUAUCUUCGGGUCGUGGAAGUUGGGUGUAUGGGAAAUUGGGACCAAAGUCUUUGUCCUGCAAGAGGUAUCCCAGCUCAUCGUACACCAGGUCUACGAGACAGUGCUAUACUUGUUGACCCCGUUUGUCUUGCCUGUGUCGCUGAUUGUGCAGCCAUGGUUCUGCGUCAGCAUGACAGUAGCAAUAUUGGGCCUCUAUCUACUCCACGUCAUUCUUUUUAAUGAGAUCCACCUUCGAAGAAAGAAAGAACGUUUGAAAAUAGUCACCGGCAUCCCUUUCGUCUUUAUAAAGGUUAAUAAAGAAAGGGUUACCGCACAGGCUAAAUUGUUUGGUUUUGAGUAUGACAGCCAUACCAUCACCGUCCUACUUGGGUACACCGCGUCUGAGCUCCGGACAAUUAUAGCUGACCCGAACAUUGACAUACAUGCCUUUGCCGCGUUUACCGAUCCAGAAGGCGCAUUGUUCCGGUGCACAGAUGAUGUUGGAGGGUUGGAGUUGGUAGAAUUUUGCUUUGAGGGGUGCACGACACCCCCUAAUGGAGAUGUUUGUGAAGCUUAGGAAUAGGCUGUUCAUGCCGUUGAAAUGUUGCCCUGCCAGUUAAUUCGUCUUGUGGUGUGUUGGAAGGAAUUUGUGUGUCUGCUGCUGUUGUGUGUAUUUCAAUAAGCUAAGUUAUGGCUGUCUCUUGGGAAUUGCAGCCCUGAUUGAGACUGCGUACAACUGACUGGAGACAGAUGAGUUCAAAGGCAAUCAUAGUUUACUUCACCUGCAAUACCG